CGCCGUCUUCUGGCCACCCACGAAACAGGGCCCGUCAACUACAUCGCCAUGACAUCAUGUCCAACAACCAGCCCUCAGGAGAAUAAAUAGACAUCAUGCAGCAACCAAGCCGAUUCACCUGGUACACUGCCAGGUUAGACCAUCUCUACUGUGUAUAGUUUCCCCUGGCUAUGCGACUUAGACUCUUCCUCUGCCACACCAGACCCCUGCCACGCCGAACGCCACCCUCCCUCGUCAACCGCAUUAGCUUCAUUCAUUUCCAGCCCACGGCAGCUAAAAUGGCAAACAAGUCUCAAUACGGAGGCGAUCCUUUCCCCGAUGUGGGCGCUACCUAUCCAUCUCAGAACAACCAUUCCAAAUCCGACGAAGACGACUGGAAAAAGCGUCCUCCCUACAGCAUUCGCUCCCCUGAGGAAUUCGGGCCUGUCAAAUGGCGUGGGAAAUGCCAGUGCGGCCAGGUGACUUAUCAAUUAAGCCGGGACCGACCAUUGAAGGCUAAAUUCUGCCACUGUCGGGGCUGUCAAGUGACGCAUGGCGCGCCGUUCCAAUGGGCGGCCAUCUUUCAAAAAUCUGAUCUCGCUUUUACGAAGGGGGCUGAAGGCUUGUCGUUCUAUUCCUCCACGAAUGGUACCCAGGAGUAUAAGCUUCCCACUAAGGUGUAUUGUUCCUUCUGUCGGACUCCUAUCAUGGAUGAGGGACGGAAUGUCUGCUUGAUGUUUCCGCAGGCCAUUGAGAGUGCUGAUCAUGAUGAACAUCGGCAGCACUGGCGCGAAGCUUUUGAAAUAGAUUGCCAUAUUUUCUACGGCAAGCGAGUUUUGGAUAUUCCGGAUGGGAAGCCCAAGUGGUCGGGAAUUGAUGAGCAAAGCGAUCUCUUGGAUGAUGAAGGCCGGAAGAAGGAAUGACUGGAUGGAAUACAUCGUAGUUUCCGGAGCCGGAUGUAGAUAUCCACGCGGUUUUGUAUUUUUAGCUGUCACGAAGUACGAGCAAUGAUUUAGGUUCAGCCUUACCAUAAGUCACCGAGCAGAUGAUACUAUCAUCAGGCCAAUAAAAUCGACUAUAUUAAGAAUGUGUUCCUAAGUCCCCGUCCGGCUCUAAACCAGGGUGAUCGACAGGGCUAGAGAACACCAAGCAGUCAUCACUGAGCAUGUGAGAGCCGGGGAAACUGGCAACCAUCCAGCUGCAGUGGCCACGAGGUGCAGCUAUGCCUUCGGACUGGCCAGCAGCUGACAAAUUCUAAGUUAAUCCAGUGCAUAUCCC